AUGGAACCACCAAUAUACUACUCUCGAGCUGAAUUCAUUGAGACUGAUACAGGCAACAAAGUUUCCCGACGCGCCACAAUCGCUGGACCCCAAAACAUUAUUCUCGGCGGCAAGACCAUUAUCUCUAGCGGUGCUAUCAUCCGCGGUGACUUGCGUCGCUCAGGUCCCGGCCAUGCUGUGGUCAUUUCUCUAGGCAGAUAUUGCGUCGUAGGUGAAGGAUGCGUCAUGCGUCCACCGUAUAAAACUUAUCGCGGAGCGUUUAACUAUUAUCCAAUGAAAGUCGGUGAUUAUGUGCAUAUUGGGGCAGCAAGCGUGGUUGAGGCAGCGACGAUUGGAAACUAUGUAGAAAUCGGGAAGAAUUGCAUUAUCGGAAAAUUCACAAUUAUCAAAGACUGUGCAAAGAUAGCAGACAAUACUGUCAUCCCACCAAAUACUGUGAUACCAGCACUCUCGUUGUUCUCUGGUUCCCCAGGUCACUUCACUGAAGAUCUACCGGAAUCAACACAAGAUAUUGUAGAGGUUCAAACAAAACAGCAUUAUGCGCGUUUCCAGCCUUUGGACCGAGAUCGUUCAUAG